AUGGAAGCUUCACCCACUCCUCCGCGGGUAGCGAGAUCUAUGACACCUUCUGUCGCCGCUUCGUCUCCCUCUGCGGCGGUGUCGUCGUCAUCUCUGUCAACGUCGCUGGUCGUCAAAGAAUCGGUACUCGUGCGCCUACGACGACGGAUGGGCGGCUCUCAAGUGGGUCAAAUCCAGGCCCUAGCUCCGCACCGGUAG